AUGGUUGAUUCCAAACCUUGUGACACUCUUUGUUUGCCUUACAAUGGGCUUAUUAAAGAUGAUGGUGAUCCCUAUAUAAAUCCUACCUUAUACAGGAGUGUGGUAGGUGCUUUGCAGUAUCUAACCUUUACAAGGCCCGAUAUAGCAUUUUCUGUCCAUCAAGUGUCUCAGUUCAUGCAGAAUCCCAUGGCUUCCCAUUUUACUGCAAUCAAACGUAUCCUGAGAUAUUUAAAGGGUACCCUUCAUCAUGGCAUCUAUUGUUCAAAUGGACCACUGCAAUUAAAGGCCUUCAGUGAUGCGGAUUGGGCAGGCAAUCCAAAUGAUAGGAGGUCUACUACUAGCUUGGCUGUAUUUUUAGGGAACAAUCCUAUUUCUUGGUCUUCCAAGAAGCAGUUGACAGUUUCUCGAUCCUCCACUAAGGCUGAAUAUUGA